GCGGCACGAGAUGAAAUCAGAAUAUGAAAAUAUUUCGUUUUUACAUGAUUUUACUGUGAUAUAUAUUCGUUAAAAGGAAACGGAAUUUACUAAACAGCACAACUAUGCCAGAGAUACAGCUGGUGGAUAUUCUUCAGGAACUUGGAGAGGGCGAUAAUGAUGACCCCAGCGAUACACCAGAGAUCAGGAAGGAAAAAAUAUGCAAAAAGCGGAAAGCCAUCUGUAAAAUUAUCAAUUCGCUUCUUUUGGAUCUUGACAAAGUUGCCGAUGAUAUUACCAAGCAUGGGAAGUCUCCGGCAACGGAGGUGGUCCUCCCGUUCAUUGGGUACUGCACCGCGACAUUCCCACAGGUAUUCGUGGCCACCUCUCCUCUUGGAUCAGAAACGCCCGCCUUGUCCCAAAUGAAAUCUGAAGAGGUGUGCAGAGAGGAACAACUUUGUCAUUCAUUCACCUUAUGGAUAAUCGAGCGACUUCUCUGUAUUCUUGGUCACCCCAGCUGCACGGUGCUGCACGACAAGGCUUUGAGCGCCCUGAUAUCCAUUUUCAAGCUGCUGAGAUGGAAAGAACCACACGCCUUCCUUAUUUUGAUAUCCGAGUUGAUUUCUUGCCUCGGAGAUCUUGCACUUCUCUAUGAUCAGUUCUGUGACGAUUGUGUCGUCCUGGAAUCAACCAUCAUCAAAAGAUUCAGCCCAGCUUGUCCAACAGGUGCUGCUGCAGCUAAGACUAACGUUGAUGAUAUAGAAAUGUGUCAGAAACCAGUGAUCGUUUCUACACCAGAAUCAUGCGAGUUGUUACAGAUAGCUAUUACGAGUAUCUUCAUGACCAAUCUGACUGAGGCCUGCCAGAGUGCAGUUGCUGGCGCUAAGGUGGACCUGCUCUGGGGAGCUAUUGGGUGUCAGGUAGAAUAUGGAGCUCCCAAUGUUAAAAAGGUCUCACUUGAUGCGAUGACUAUGUUGUUGAAGUACGUUGGCCUUCCAUCUCCCCAGCCCUUGGAUUAUGCUGUGUCUUGUCUGGAGGGAAUGAUUGACUUCAUUGUGGAGGAACAGGGCAUGUUUGGAAGCACAACAGAUGGCCUUGAGGAGAGUUGGUGUAGCUGUUUCUCGCAAUUCUUCAUCGCCAACAAGGGCUUUGGAAGCAGCAACAAUCUCGAGCUGUACCAUUUUGAACAAAUGUUGGUGUCACUGACGUCUGCUGUGGCCAGACACCGACCGGAGAAACUUUCAAAUGAACUGAUGGCGAAGAUGUGCACGCUUGUCAUGAAGGUUUGGAAGGAGAUGCCGGCAAGCGUGAUUCAGAGUCCCUCGUUGAAGGAGAUCAGGUCCAAGUGGAGUUCACAGCUUUGUUUUGAAAUAGGGAUGCUUACCACUGCACAGUUCCUUGUCCCUUGUGUAUGGUUUGAGCUGGACCUCGAACUUGAGGAUAAGUUCUGCUCUCAAGAGGACCUUUUUGCGAAAUCAGAUGUGGACCCACAAUCGUCAGUUGCUGGUGGAGUACUCUAUCAGGAACUGCUAAGAAAGAGAACUUUUGUCCUCACGCAGUUGAUGAACCUCGGCCAGAAUGAUGGCAGUAGUGUGUCGCGGAUGGUGGAGGGGCUAAGGGUUAUUACAGAAGUCCUCUCAAUGGCGCUGCUAUCAAAGCAUGCCAAGAAUGUUCUGGCACUGAGCCCAGGGUUCGCGUCUGAGGAGUUCCUGGUGACUUUGUGUGAUGUCUUCAGGAGUACUCUGAGGUUCCUUGCUGCUGAACAGAUGCAAGCCGAACAUGUUGCCCAGAUUUACAGCCAGAUUGUCAGGACCAUGGGUGCAAUCCUUGUGGUUGGAGAUGUGAUGAAAAGUACUCCCGAUUUGUGGUUGGAUUUCUCAUGGAUGUUGACUCUCCAGUGGUUACCAAAUGAUAUAUCUUGGUUGGACCUGAAGCGUAACGACAGUAAAGAGAUCGCCCAACUGGCUACAGUCCUUGCUGACAAAUUGUCCCCACAGUCUCUCUGUGACUGUGUCUCAGUGCUGGGCUUGAUGCCAAAGGAAGUGUGUCCUCAGUGGCGAUCCAAGGUGAUGCAGAGUGCCUUGAACGACUCUGAUAAAGGGCUCAAGUGUUGGUCAAUCCAUUGUUUCCCAACCCUGCUAUACUACUAUGGACCCAAUGGCAAUCAUCUUGUGUAUGACUUACUGCACCACCUAGUUAAGGAGACCUGCACGAAGGUGUCUUGUGAACUCGCUCAAAUUUAUGGACCAUUGGCCUGUGUUGUUUCAAGGAAGGCCGUCUUACAAUCUCCUGCUGGACCUGACUUUAGUCGACCUCUCUAUGAGUUGAUGGAACUGAAGUGCACUUCUUGUGACCCUUUGCCUGACAAUGACAAGUCGGGCAGGCCCAGACUUGUCGACCCGGGCAUGUUCCUGCCAUUUCUACAUUUACUCAAAUUGGAAGAGAAACAAGUUAGACUUGGCAUUGUUGGAAGUCUAAAGAGGGUGUUUGGCCAUAUUGAACUUCGAGCCAACAAUACUGCCACUGUUGACAUGAUGAACAAGUGCCUUUGUCUCAUCGAGGAUUCUGAUUACAAUGUCAGGUUGGCUUUCAGUGAAAUCAUGCAGAAUCUCGUGAGUGACAGCCGCUCAGACAAGGCCAGUGAAACCGAUGAAGCCAUUAUAAACAAACUCAAGGAAGUCAAGAUGCUCGCCAUUGAUAACUCCAACCAUCGACUUCAGGAGACUGUCCUUAUCACUAUUGGACAGCUUGGAAAGUCAAGCCAAGGACAUCUGUUGAUCAUGUCCAUCAUCUGUCUCCUGGAGAGUCUUAUCUCGACGACGCCAUUUGUAGCAGCCGUGGCAAAUCAGCAGAUCCAAGCUGUAGCAAAACACAAAGAAAUGACCAUGCAGCAACUAUUCAUGCAAUUCAGGAUGCAGAUAUGCUCGGUAUUUGCUGAGCUGAUGUAUGAGGUGCAGUCUCGGGCUGACAGCAAGAUGAAGAAACCCAAGAAGAUUCUGGAAGCUUUGGCAAAUGUGUUUGAUUUUGCUGAUGUGGAAUCCUUUCUGAAGCGAACCUAUGAGAAAUACUUCAUUCCAUACCUGGUGAGCAAGGCCAAUGCCACCACAUCACAGCUCAUCAAGAUCAUUGCCAAGACUCUCCAUGUGAAUUAUGCCAAGGUUUUGAUCAGCAGUACCAAGUACACAUUUUGCUAUCUAGUGCGGACGUGUGGCCAACAGGACCUGGAUACCGCACUUCAGUACCUUCAGACAGAAACCAAAGUACAACUGCAGUCCCUGUUCAGGUUGGACUGCCAGAAACUGCAAAAUGAACUGCUGCUCUAUCUUGGAACUCAUUAUAACGAGGUCUUCAAUGCUCUGAAAAUGUUGGCAAAGACAGAGGAUAAGUUGGUGAACACAACCGAAGAGAUGGCCGACUUUCUGCAGCCACGUUUGCUUGGCAUCCUGGCAUCUUUUGAUACACACUUCUUGACCAACAGUGUUCCAUUCCCCGAGAAGAGAAUGGCCCUGAAGAGUUUGACUGCCAUCAUGACACUGAUGGGUACCAAGCACAUCACCACGGUGAGAGUGAAGGUGAUGACCACCCUGAGGAUAGGCCUUGGCUUCAAGGACAAGGACAUACCGGAGGUGUGCUGUAAGGCUUGGAACACAUUCGUUCGAAGUGUUCACAUUUCCUCCCUUGGCCCAAUGCUCUCCCAGAUAGUGGUCACCCUCAUCCCCCUACUCAACAAACUACCAAUUCAAGUUGCCACUAUCUUCAAUUUCUUGAUCAUUGAAAAUCGGCGAGCUUUGAAGCAGCAUUUCCACGAGUUGUACUUCAUGCCAGAUAUACCAGAGCUGGCAGACGUCAAUGCUCUUCUAAAGAAAUGCCAAGAGGGACAGCAAAGCUCCAGUCUUAAGACCCAGAUGUCACAUCUGUUGAAAGGUGUUGGUCAUGAGAGUCCAGAUGUGCGGAUGCAUGCUCUGACGAAGCUGAAGCAACUGCUGCAUACUAACCAGAGCGCUAUACGGGAAAUGGUCCUCGGGAAUGAGUUGGCUGAUCCGAUGGUCUCUCAGAUUGCUGGUGCUCUAUUAGGUGGUUGUCGUGAAUCCGAUUCCAAGAUUCGUUGCCUGUCUGGAGAAUGCCUUGGUGAACUAGGUGCUAUUGACCCCGGGAGGUUGGAUUUGAAGACCAACAACCCAAAAGAAGAACAGGCCAAGUUUCACGCUUCAGUCAACGAUUCGAACUUUGCGUUCGAUUUGAUCAAUGAGCUGGCUAGAGCUUUCCUUGCUGCAGAAGAUGCAAGAACACAGGAUUGCUCGGCAUUGGCCAUUCAGGAAUUGUUGCAGAUCUAUGAGGUGAGCUCGACGGAAGAGGGGAGUCCUGGGAGCCGACUGUGGAACAGAUUCCCAGAACAUGUCCAGGAGAUACUGUCUCCUCUGUUAAUGUCCAGGUAUAUUUUGUCGACCACUUCCGAUUGGAGCACGCUUCCCCAUCCUAUCUACCACAGCAAGAAAGGGAACAACUUCAAUGACUGGGUGUGCACCUGGACUGGCUAUCUGAUCUCAAAGGUGGCUGCCGACAAGCCGAUGAGAGUGUUCCAGUCAUGCAGCGCCGCGAUUAAAUACAAUGCCCACUUGGCUCUGUACCUCCUUCCACACGUGCUCAUUCAUGCCCUCCUUGAUGGAACUCCUGAAGAAAAUGAAAUCAUCACCCAGGAAAUCCUAGAAGUCCUGAGUCACGUGAAGAAAGCAGACACGAUACUCGGCAGUGUGUCGGAUUUCCGACAUCUGAGCGCGCAGACGGUUUUCUCGGUUUUGGACCAUCUGACUAAAUGGAUUCGGCACCGCAUCCAAACCCUGUCCAGCACUGGCUCAAGAUCCUCAAGGGAUACACCUCAGUCCUGUCCCUCCUACAUCGAUGAUGCCGAGUAUAAGACAAUAAAGAACUUCCUUGAGAAGAUUCCCCAGGACCUGCUGGCUGCUGCCUCAUAUAACUGCAAGGCAUACACCAGAGCUCUCAUGCAUAUUGAACAGUUCAUCAAACUUGAGAACCAGAGUGUCCAGGACAAUUUAGACUUCAUUCAGAAAAUCUACGUGGCCAUGGACGAGCCAGAUGGUGUGAGAGGAGUUACAGCCGCCUGUCAGCAGCAGCUCACUCUCCAUGAACAGAUCCUAGCUCAUGAAAGCAUAGGUCAGCUCCAAGAUGCCACAGCAUGUUAUGAACAAGUGAUUCAACUUGAACCAGACAAGAUCACACACCACCAGGGCCUGCUGAAAUGUCUGAUGGAUCUCGGGCAGACGACCACAGCUCUCUAUCACGUCAACGGAAUCCUUGCUGAUUGGCCUGAGUGGAGUAACCAGCUGAAUGCGUUCAGGAUUGAGGCAGCUUGGAAGCUGAGCAACUGGGAUAGUUUAGAUGGCUACCUCAAAAAGGAGCAUAGCAGUGCCAACUGGAAUGUUCACCUCAGUAAGAUCUUCCUGGCUGCCAGAUCUCGGGAUGUUGGUUCGUUCAUGAAGCAGCUUGAGAUUGCUCGAUGCGAUCAGAUGGGUCCGCUCUCUGCCGCUAGUAUGGAAAGUGGCUCCUACCAGCGGGGCUACGAGUACAUUGUAAGGCUUCACAUCCUGAACGAAAUUGAGAAGGGUGUGCAUAGCUUGCUUCACCGGGGCAGAUGGCCUGGCACAGACAAUGAAAUCUUGUCACCUUUGACCAAGAAUCAGCUUUUGUCUCAGUGGGAAUCGAGGCUGUCUUUGGUUCAGUCCUCCUUCCGAAGUUUGGAGCCAAUCCUAAUCAUACGACGAGUCCUGAUGUCAUUGGGCCAGGAGUGCAUUGACUACUCUCUCGACAAGGAAAUCGGUCGUUGUUUUCUCCAGAGUGCUAGAGUUGCCCGAAAAGCUGGUCACAAUCAGACUGCUUACAGUUCACUUCUAAAAGCCAGUGAGUUCAACCUACCUGAGUUCGUUGCAGAGAAAGCGAAGUGGCUUUGGCAGAGGGGUGAUAAUGACGGUGCCCAGUCGUUCCUCGAGAAGGGUGUCAAGACUCAUUACAGCGACUUGGAGCGUAUCCGAGCAGAGGUUGAUCCCGAUAAGAAAAAGGAGGAGGAGCUAUCGUAUGCCAAGACGCUCCUCCUGUUGGCGAUUUACAGUGAAGAGACGGCGUGUGUCGCCGUCAAUCCAUUGAUGAGGAAGUACAUGGACGUAAUGGAUGUCAAACCAGACUGGGAAGCUGGCUACUUCCAUCUGGCCAAGUACUAUGACAAAGUGAUGCAUACAAUGCCCGAUCUAACUGAUGAGAAAAAAGCUCAAUGCCUCGGGCCGAUUACUCUGAACUUUGGUAAAUCAUUGAUGUAUGGCAAUGAAUAUAUCUACCAGUCGAUGCCCAGGAUGUUGAGUUUGUGGUUGGACAACAGUGCCAAGUUCUUGGAGGAGAAGGCCAAGAUGCCGAAAAAUACCCCAGCGAUGAAUGCGAUUAAGGCCCACCACGAGAAAGCCAAUAAGAUGCUAGAAGACUUUAGCACGAAACUUCCUGCUUACCAGUUCCUCACCGCCCUCCCACAGCUUGUGUCGAGGAUAUGUCACGCAGAUGCAGGUGUCUUUUACAUCAUUGUGGAAAUUGUCAAGAAAGUUCUGGUACAAUAUCCACAGCAGGCCAUGUGGCUCAUGAUGGCUGUCUCGAAGUCUUCCUACCCGAUACGAAUGAAGCGCUGUCAGGAAAUAUUCAGCCAAGCAAAACAAAUGGAUUCCAAGCUGGACAGGUUUUUGAUGGAUGCCACGAAACUGGUUGAUCGUCUGCUUGACUUGUGCAAUAAGAAGGUUGAAGGCAACAUUGUAACGAUCAGUAUGGCGCAGCACUUUAGGACCCUCAAACGUCUUGUGGAGGACAAUCGCUUCAGUCGAAUCUUGGUUCCCCUGCAGUCGGCGCUGACUGUUACACUUCCUUCUACCCCAGGAUCUCAUGCUGAACAUGAUGCUUUCCCAGAGCAGAAUGUCUACAUCAGUGGAUUCGAGGAUACAGUAGAAAUCUUGCCGUCGCUUCAGAAACCAAAGAAAAUCACUAUGCGAGGUAGUGAUGGGAAACUCUACAUCAUGAUGUGUAAACCCAAGGAUGACCUGCGUAAGGAUUGUCGCCUGAUGGAGUUCAAUGGAAUCGUCAACAAGUGUCUGAGGAAGGAUCCGGAAUCGCGACGGCGACAGCUCCACAUUAGGACUUACGCUGUGGUGCCCCUGAAUGAGGAGUGCGGCCUAAUUGAGUGGGUGUCCCACACACAAGGCUUCAGGAACAUCAUCAUCAAAAUCUACAAGGAAAGACGCAUAUACUGCACAGCACCAGAACUGAAGAAAAUGCAACCUGCAUUACAAGCUUCAGAAGAAACUAAAUUAAAUAUCUUUAAUACCAAGAUGUUGCCUCGACAUCCUUCGGUGUUUCACGAGUGGUUCAUGAGAACAUUUCCCGACCCAACAUCAUGGUACAUGGCCAGAUUGUCGUACGCUCGCACUGCGGCAGUCAUGAGUAUGGUCGGGUACAUCCUCGGUCUCGGUGACCGCCAUGGGGAGAACAUCCUCAUGGACUCGACCAACGGUGACGUUCUCCAUGUCGAUUUCAACUGCUUGUUCAAUCGGGGUGAGACGUUUGAUUGGCCAGAAGUCGUUCCGUUCCGGUUGACCCACAACAUGGUGGGAGCUAUGGGUCCAAUGGGGUAUGAGGGCGUGUUCCGGCAAGCUUGUGAGGUCACCAUGAGAGUUAUGAAAAAUGAAAAGGACCCCUUGAUGAGCGUGUUGAAGACGUUCAUCUAUGAUCCGUUGGUAGAGUGGAGUAAGCAACCAAAGGGCAAAUCGCCAGAGACUGGUGAAAUCAAGAACGAGAAGGCACAGCACCACGUUCAGGCUAUAGAGUCACGAUUAGAGGGCAUCAUCAAAGUUGGCAUGAGAAGGGGUCGAAACAUGCUUCCUCUUUCAGUUGAGGGCCACGUCAAUCAUGUCAUUCAGGAGGCGACCAACCCAAAGAACCUUAGUAAAAUGUACGUUGGCUGGGCUGCCUAUCUAUGAGUUGGUAGGACCAUGGAAGAAAGAGGUACUGAAGCAUGGAUGCAGCCUAAUAAUGAGCCGUUGGAGGUGAAAAGAUCAUGAUUCUUGUAGUUUCUGAUUUGUGAUUUGCGGUGCCAAACCCACUUUGCCGACAAUGGACGUAUCUAAAAUGUCUUGUAAAGCUACCAAAACAACAGCUUAUCUUUGAGACGCUGGGAUGAUAGUGGAUAAAAAAGUUGUGAGGAAUGAUGGCUGUUGCUUCCUAUUGUGCUAUCAGUGAAGCCAAAACCUCAAUUGGUGAGGAUACCAAAAGACUUCUUGUACCGUACCGGUAUGUAAAGCUGUCAUUCAGAGGACUGGGGCACGGAGAGACUAGCCUCGGGGAUAAACAGGGGAUUAACCCUUUGCCUACGUAAUGCGUACCCUGUACGCAGUAAUUUGCUAUCCCAGGACACGUCACUCAUACUGGGUACGCCUCAAAAAAAUUGCGUUUUAAGUGAAUGCAUAGUACUGCCAUCUGCUAACAACUUUUGUAACUACUCUAAUAAUUGAUAAUAAAGCUGUCAAAGUUUACAAUGUGCCAGUUUUUCGUGCGGAGAACACAUUGGAUGUUUAGAGUUUGACCUGCACCUGCAGUAUGAAACAUGAAAGACAUUUAGGCACCGUUUCCACAAAAUUUAUACAUCUAUGGAUUAUUUCUGCUGGCUGUAAAGAUGAUUACUUUUCAAUAAAC